CGUCUAUCCAUUUUGGUGGACAGAUGGUCAAUCCACCUCGUGCCGCAUUGGGGGUAAUAUCCACUGUACUCUCUAUACCUCACGUCAAAAGUACGACGCUUAACAUGGGUCGCACUUCGUAUUCAUUGUCCAGUUUCCUCCGAGAAGCACAGCCCUCCUGCCAUACCUCAACUGGAAUGCUGAUGACAGAUCGUCGCGGAAUAUCCCGACGCGACCAACACACGCAGGGGAAAUGGUGUUAUCGAGGUGACGAUGCUGCAUAAGUUCGAACCCGAUGUCUCAGUUGGGCCAUGAACUGAAAU